AUGAAUUUAAUCCAAAAUUUAGUGUCACGUAUAAAACCUGUAGUAUCGUCAAAUAGUACAUCUGUUUUAUUAUCGAAGUAUCUUAAUCCAUUUCAAUGUUUAACAUCGUUACGACAUCUGAAUACUCUAUGGCAUAUGCAUUCAAACACAUUAUACAUCACUGGCGUUAGACCACAAAAAAAAUCAAAAAUAGAUGAACAGCCACACAUAAAAGGCAUAGUGCUCAAAACAUUAAUUAAAAAGCCACGUAAACCAAAUUCAGCAAAUCGUAAAUGUGUUCGUGUUCGUUUAGCAAAUGGUGUCGAAGUUAUUGCUCAUGUACCGGGUGAAGGUCAUAAUUUACAAGAACAUCAUAGUGUAUUAGUGAAAGGAGGUAGAACAAAAGAUUUACCCGGUGUGCAUCAUAAAGUUAUUCGUGGAAAAUUAGAUUGUGCACACGUUGUUAAAAGACAAACAACACCGUCACAAACUGCUCCUCCUCCAACCUAA